AUUCAAGCAACCAACCGAGCCACGAGCCCUCCACUGUGACCCCGUGAGCCUUCUGCUCCUGCUCCGCACACUCCGCACCAGCUCAGCAAUCAUGCCUCGCCCGGCCCUCCUCCCGCUCCCCCUGGUCGCCGCCGCGCUCCUGGCCCUGGCGGCCGCGUCGCCGGCAAGCAGCGACGCCGCAGCCAGCGACUUCAUCCGCAAGUCGUGCCGCGACACGCAGUACCCGUCGGUGUGCGUGCAGAGCCUGGCGUCGUACGGCGGGUCCCCUCCGCCGCGGAGCCCGCGGGAGCUGGCGCGCGCGGCGCUGUCGGUGAGCGCGGACCGCGCGCGCGCGGCGUCGGCGUACGUGGGGCGGCUGUGCGGCGGGGCGAGGAAGGGCGGCGCCCGGACGAAGGGCGCGGCGCGCGACUGCCUGGAGAACCUGGCGGACAGCGUGGGGCACCUCCGCGACGCGGCGCAGGAGCUGGGCGGCGCCGGGAUGGGCGGGCGCGCGGGGUCGGCGGCGUUCAAGUGGCACCUGAGCAACGUGCAGACCUGGUGCAGCGCGGCGCUGACCGACGAGAACACCUGCCUGGACGGGCUCGGCGCCCGCGGCGUGGACGCCGACACGCGCGCCGCCAUCCGCGGCAGGGUCGUCGAGGUCGCGCAGGUCACCAGCAACGCGCUCGCCCUCGUCAACAAGGUCGGGCCAGCUGGGUACUAGCCCGGGCCAAGCCCAGACACCUCCUCUGCUGCAGACACGUAUUAUACCCGUCGCUCCGCGGUGCUCUCCUGCUGUGUGUUGUGAACUUUGUGCGUCGCUUAACUAGUUCAGUUCCCAUGCGUUCGUUCUCCACCUAUGCUUGUGUAAGAUAUCCAUAGUUAAGGGCGAUCAAACUUUGAUGGCCACAAGCAUGCUAAGAUACUAUUCCUCCCCGUGACAAAAGUCGUAUCAUGGUUUA